AUGUGCUUUGGCGGCCGCGAGAAGCGAGUCGACGAGGUGGGCGCUGCCCGCUCCCGCGACAUUGACAAGAUGAUCAAGGCCGAUGAGAAGCGCAUGCAAAGAGAAAUGAAGUUUCUGCUGCUGGGCGCUGGCGAGUCUGGCAAGUCAACUGUACUAAAGCAGAUGAAGCUCAUAUACGCGCAAGGGUUUAGCAAGCAUGAAAAGAUGGAAUGGAAGCCUGUGAAGCAUAUGGCCCAAAUUAUGAUCGAUUAUGAAAUGACGGCGGACGAGCCUUUACCGAUAGAAUACUACGAACCAUUGAAAAGUCUCUGGGUUGACGCCGGCGUCAAAAAAGCCAUAGAGAAGGGCAAUGAAUAUGCGUUACACGACAAUUUAGACUACUUCUGUGACGAUCUGGACCGACUUUGGGACAGAAACUACGUGCCCACGGAUCAGGAUCUGCUGCGGUCAAGGUUGAGAACAACAGGCAUUACCGAGACUGUCUUUGACCUUGGUCAGCUCACGUACCGGAUGCUCGACGUGGGCGGCCAGCGGUCCGAAAGGAAGAAGUGGAUUCACUGCUUCGAAAACGUUAAUUGCUUGCUGUUUCUCGUCGCCAUCUCAGGUUAUGACCAAUGCUUGGUUGAGGACAAGGAUGGGAAUCAAAUGAACGAGGCGUUGAUGCUUUGGGAGUCAAUCGCCAACUCCCACUGGUUCGCCAAGUCGGCGCUGAUUCUAUUCCUCAAUAAAAUCGAUCUAUUCCGAGAAAAGCUGCCCAGGAGCCCCAUUACAGCACAUGGCUUCACCGAUUACCACGGACCCCCGGACGACGAUAAACAGGCCAGCAAGUAUUUCAUGGACAAGUUCCGUGCGCUGAACCGCAACCCGGAUAAGGAGAUCUACGGACACUUUACCAAUGCGACCGAUACGAACCUGCUUAAAAUCACGAUGAAUUCUGUCCAGGAUAUGAUUAUCCAGAGAAACCUAAAGCAGUUGAUACUGUAA